CGCCGCCGCUGCUGUGUCUCCUAUCCCCUCUCGUCCUCCUUCCUCUCCCAGUUCUUGCUCCUCCUCCCAUCCCCGGCGCCUGCUGCCCGGCGGCGAAGGGCAGAGCCCUCAGCAGCGGCUCCCCUUCGUUCGGGCCAGGAAGAGGCAGGAACAGGAUAUCUGAAAGGCAGAAAUGUGGAGAAAAUAGACAGCUUUGGAAACAGUAAAAACUCAAUCCCAGUACUCCAGCCCAUCUGAGCUCAUUUUGAACCUCAGUUUUGUUCUUCAACAUAUUUGAUAUCCCUACCAGCUUUGGGUCAUCUUCAGACGUGUAUCUCAUUCCAUCUGCACUUCAACCCUAUGAGGGAAGUACUAAAUAGAUGAGAAAAUUACAGUCCCGAGAGGGGUGAAGUAGCACUCUCAAGAUCAAACAGCUUGGGACUGGCAGAGCCUCACUCCACAGUCAUCUCGAGAGGAUCCAGUGCCAGACUCUGGACUUGAGGGUUCUGGGCUGUGGUCUGUAGAAGUGGAGGAGAGAAGGACUCAAAUCCAGGCCAACUGUAUGGCUGUCUGAGGUGUUCGAACAGAAGGAGGUCCAUUCCUGUUGGUGACAACACUGGCCCUGUUCUGGGAUGACCGAGGUAUAAAGGAGCCAGUAGCUUUGGUCGAGGGAAGAAGAAACUUGGUGAACAGCGGCCUCCACAACUGUCUCUUCCUCCUGGGUAAGGAGAAGGGAGUGUGGGGCCAGGGCCCCAGAGGGGACUCGGGGAGCUUCAAAUCUGGCUGAGACAGGUUUCCCCCGAGAAAGAGCAGCUGAGUCCUUACAUCUUGUGGCAGCUGGUGUGCCCAGCACUGAGCCCAUCGGAGCUGAAGGCAGCCCGGCCCCUUGUCAUGGGCAGCACCCACCUGUGCUGAGGUCCUGCAGCGGUGGCCGUGUGAGGAGCUGUGCAAUCAGUUGUAACUGAAAAUGUCUGACGGUCUGGAUAAUGAAGAGAAACCCCCAGCUCCCCCACUGAGGAUGAAUAGUAACAACCGGGAUUCUUCGGCACUCAACCACAGCUCCAAACCACUUCCCAUGGCCCCUGAAGAGAAGAAUAAGAAAGCCAGGCUUCGCUCUAUCUUCCCAGGAGGAGGGGAUAAAACCAAUAAGAAGAAAGAGAAAGAACGCCCAGAGAUCUCUCUUCCUUCAGACUUUGAACAUACGAUUCAUGUGGGGUUUGACGCAGUCACCGGGGAAUUCACUCCAGAUCUCUAUGGCUCACAGAUGUGCCCAGGGAAGCUCCCAGAGGGAAUUCCUGAGCAAUGGGCACGAUUACUCCAAACCUCCAACAUAACAAAGCUGGAACAGAAGAAGAACCCCCAAGCCGUUCUAGAUGUUCUCAAAUUCUAUGAUUCCAAAGAAACAGUCAACAACCAGAAAUACAUGAGCUUUACGUCAGGAGAUAAAAGCGCACAUGGAUACAUAGCAGCGCAUCCUUCGAGUACAAAAACGGCGUCAGAGCCUCCUUUGGCUCCUCCUGUGUCUGAAGAAGAAGAUGAAGAGGAGGAAGAAGAAGAAGAUGACAAUGAGCCCCCUCCAGUCAUCGCACCAAGACCAGAGCAUACAAAAUCAAUCUACACUCGUUCUGUGGUUGAAUCCAUUGCUUCACCAGCAGCACCAAAUAAAGAGGUCACACCACCUUCUGCUGAGAACGCCAAUUCCAGUACUUUGUAUAGAAACACAGAUCGGCAAAGGAAAAAAUCCAAGAUGACAGAUGAGGAGAUCCUAGAGAAGCUAAGAAGCAUUGUGAGUGUUGGUGACCCAAAGAAAAAAUACACAAGAUUUGAAAAAAUAGGUCAAGGGGCAUCAGGUACUGUUUAUACAGCGCUAGACAUUGCCACAGGACAAGAGGUGGCGAUAAAGCAGAUGAACCUUCAACAGCAGCCCAAAAAGGAAUUAAUUAUUAAUGAAAUUCUGGUCAUGAGGGAAAAUAAGAACCCCAAUAUUGUUAAUUAUUUAGAUAGCUACUUAGUGGGUGAUGAACUAUGGGUAGUCAUGGAAUACCUGGCUGGUGGCUCUUUGACUGAUGUGGUCACAGAGACCUGUAUGGAUGAAGGACAGAUAGCAGCAGUCUGCAGAGAGUGCCUCCAAGCUUUGGAUUUCUUGCACUCAAACCAAGUGAUCCACAGAGACAUAAAGAGUGACAAUAUUCUCCUUGGGAUGGAUGGCUCUGUUAAAUUGACUGAUUUUGGGUUCUGCGCCCAGAUCACCCCUGAGCAAAGUAAACGAAGCACUAUGGUGGGAACUCCCUAUUGGAUGGCACCUGAGGUGGUGACUAGAAAAGCUUAUGGUCCGAAAGUUGAUAUCUGGUCUCUGGGGAUUAUGGCGAUCGAAAUGGUAGAAGGUGAACCCCCUUACCUUAAUGAAAAUCCACUCAGGGCAUUAUAUCUGAUAGCCACUAAUGGAACCCCAGAGCUCCAGAAUCCUGAGAGACUGUCUGCUGUAUUCCGUGACUUUUUAAAUCGCUGUCUUGAGAUGGAUGUGGAUAGGCGAGGAUCCGCCAAGGAGCUUUUGCAGCAUCCAUUUUUAAAAUUAGCCAAGCCUCUCUCCAGCCUGACUCCUCUGAUUAUCGCUGCAAAGGAAGCAAUUAAGAACAGCAGCCGCUAGGACUGCAAGCCUUACCCCACACCAUCUCUCUCAUGAGUAAGACUGAAAUAAAACUCCGCUGCAGGAAAGAUGGAAGAAAAGACAGUCAAAUAGGGUGGGGGUUCUUUAACUUUCAAAUGAAUAGAUACUUCUUAUAAGCCUUUUUCCUACUCCCUCAGAUUAUGUAAUUUAUUUGUAAGCCUGAAUCGCAGCCCAAACAGGGCAGCAAUGUCGAAGUGGCCAUAAAGUGGUCACUUCCACCGUGAAGCGAAAGAGCCAGUAGUGAAUCCCCUCAUUUUGUGCAUUCACUUUGAAGAAAAAAAAAGAUUUCUCAAAGAUGCACACUCCCUCUUCAUAGUGUCGUGUUUGUUUUUAAGUUAGAGAGUAGUCCCUCUUGCAUUCGAACCUCCUUCAAAACUCCUUACCCAAUGUGAUGUUUUUCACUUGCAUUGUCAUUAGAUGUCCAGGAAAAAAAAUGUCAAAACGUUUUUUUAAAAAAGAAAGUAAAAAACAAAAACAAAACAAAACAAAAAAAAAAAUAAAACAAAACAAACAAACAAAAAAAAACCCCAGAGCAAGUACUGUGUGAACAUGUGGAAGUCCAUGCCCUAAUAGAGUUGCAAUUUUUUAUUCUUCUAUAGUGGUGGCUUGAUUUGUGUACCUGUUUUUCUGCAUUUGUAUUGGAAAAGGUUUCUUUUUUGACAUUUUCCAAAAGCAGAGAGGAAUAUGCGUGUUCAGGAAGGGCUUUUAAAAACUCUAUAUCUAAAUAAAGUUCAAAUGGUGAAAUCUUAUUACAUUUUCAUAAUGAUGCUUAAGAGGUAGUUGAUUUCUCACUUGUAUAAACCAGCUUGUUCAUCUUCAUGAUACAUGAAAAAAGACACACCAAAACUAUGGCACUCCAGUUGGGUGAGUCCAGGUCUUAAACCUAGUAAAUCCUGAUAGGAGAAACCAUACUAAAACAAAAAUGGGAUUUUCUCUAAGAGCCAAAAGGAAGAUAAUAUAAGCAUGCAAUACUGAAAUCCUCGUUGGACAGUAAACAAAGAUAAAGAUACCUAAUUUAAUCCUGUUUUGUGCUUGUGGAACAUAUGCGACUGUAAAAUAGGCACAUCAGGAGGAAACAGACCUAUUAACCAACAUUUGCUGAUGAUAAAAAUGAUUUAUCCUGACAACUUUUAACAUUAAAAUAUUUUUAAAGAUCUGGAGAACAGAAGUAUUGUAAGCAUUCAACUCUGUAAGAAGUGGGAGGUCAGUGAAAACUACAUCCCAGUCAACAUUAGGCUCUAAGUACUUGUCGCCCUUUUCCUUAUGUAUCACCAAAUUCUGUUUCCAGAUAUGGUGUGUUCAUACUUAGCCCUUUGGGCUUUUGAAUUUUAAAACAUGUUUGUAAAGAUCUUGAAGUUCUCCAGUGAAAAGCAUUUGGGUUUGCAAUCAUAUAUCCCAAGAAAUAUCAGUCCAACUGAAUUCCUUUUGUGGCUUGGGGAAAAUAUGAAAAUUUGACGAUUAUUUCACCAUAUAUCGAUUUAUUAGAAGUUCAACAGUUGCCACUUCCUGAAUCUUCUGAGAGUAGAAAAAUAUCUGGAGGGUGUCUGCGUAGAAAAGGAUAUGCUUCUCUUUCGAGCGUACUGUCAGUUUUAUACAUUCUACAGAGUUGUUUCUCUAAGCCUCUGAAAAGCUAGCAGUUUGUGCAGUAGAAGGCGUCUUGAUUUGUAGUAUGUCAAGAGUCUGAAUAGAACCUAUCUACGUCCAGCAAGAGAGGGAAAGAGAUCAACGCCAUGGGCCUCUCUCCUUCUCUGCCGAGGCACAUCCGUCAAUAUAAUCAUCUAUCCAUUCCUUAAAAUGAAAGCACUUUCUUUAGAGAGUUUCUGUGCACCAUAUAAUGCAUGUAUUUAUGUUUAGGAGAUGAUACCACUGGUGGAUUUCCUAUUGUUUUCUUUGACUAUGAAAUCUGGGAGCGGCUUGACACCCCCCCGCCACCCCCGAAAACGUCCACAGUGGGAUAAAAUAACAAAUGUGAAAAGAUCAAGAUCAAAUGCUAAUAUUAAUUUGAAGCAUACUAUGUUAUGCAUCACAAAAACGUGGCUGGGCCUGAAAAUUUUAAUGCCACACUAUUUUAAUGGGGGUGGGGGAGAGAGAGAGAGGGGCCUUAAUUUUGAUUUCAUUUAAAAUAGUAUUUUUUUCAUUUUUCAUUCAUAGUGCCAGGGAAUUCAAUGAAAUAAUACCUGGGAUGCAAAUAGAAUUCAGUACAUUGAUAACUAUACCCUGCCAACGGAGAGAGCCCCAAACCUGGUUGGGAAGCCCUAGUUGUCUGUUAGCAUCCCUUAUAUGUCAUGAAGGCCUUUUUUUGGUGGGGGGAGACCUGGAGCAGUGAUCCUUCAGGUUACUGUAGGCAGAGAAAUGGCUGCUCUUUUAUGCUGUUAAUUCAGCAUAUUAACAACGAGGAGCCUGGUACUACUUCACCACAUCCCAUUGUACCAAGAUUUUAUGAUAAUAUAUCCCAGUAGGCUUUACUGUUACAAACGUAUAUCUAUGUAAAUUUUAAAAUGAGAACAGCUUCUAAAGACCCUUCCCUGUGUUGGAGAAUUAUGUAUAUUUCUAAUAAGUAUUAGAGAGAAGCUGUUUCUCCUGCCAAAAUGAUGCUGAAGGAUUCACAUUUGGUGUACUUGACCAAGUUGGACUCCAGAUGGUUAAUAGUUUAUUCCCUUUCCCUGGAUUUUUUUUUGAGCUCAUCUUGACACAGGUGAGUCGAUCCAGAUCUUUAAAGUUGCUAGCAUGCCCUGAGAUGAUAAGGGAUAGGGCAGUGGGAAAGUCAGGGAAGGGUGAGAAGCACAGUAGAGAUUAUUUAUUUAAGAAAGAAAAGAACAUUAAUGUUGUAGCAAGGAUCCGGUGCGUUGUCAUAAUCCCGUGAGGAUUUUUGGAUGACACAAUCCCCUCAAAUCAGUCACCACGUUGGGUAAUGACUUCGUUCUUGCUGAUCUCGUCUAUGUGUCAUUGUAAAUAUUUGUGUGUCUGUGUUCCAUUUUGGCUACUGGAUGGCCAAGUCAUGUAAGAAGAUUUAACUCAAGUAUUUAUUCUUUAAUUGUGUUAUUCAGAUUUCUUUCAGGCUUGUGAAUUGCACCCCAAUGUUUGAGUUAAAUCACCUGAUCCCCACAUCUUUCCCUCCCCUGUGAAGCACAUUCCAUUGCUAAAAGAAAAAGAAAUAUGAAAUUGCUUCCUGUCGUCUGUAUAACUGUUUUGAUAGUUUGAGAUGUUUGUCUAUAAAGGAUAUUUCUCAGCUCAAAGAUCGUGUAAAUAAUUAUAUUCGUUUGCUCAAUGGGUUGUUUAUUUCUAAUGAGGCUGCCAGUUCUCAGAGAGAAUCUAUAAAAUCACCUUUAAAUAACAUGAACAGGGAUGACAACUAUGUAAAAAUAAGUGUGCAUAUGGACAAAGACUGGGAACACAGACAAUUGAAAUCAGUUGUGUUAGGGUGGUGGGAUUAUGUGAAAUUUUUUUUCUUUAAAAAUUUUUCUUUGAUAUUGUUCUAAUAUUGCUUUAUAAUAAAUAAACAUCAGAAAGGGGAUUAUAGAAACAUAGAAAAGACACCAGGAGCAGAUGCCUUCUGGCCGGAGCCCAGAGCAUGCAGGGCACAGAUAUUUGCUAGUUACAAUUAUUCCGUAGGCUUUAUAUUUGCCUGGGUGCUGAGGUUGGCACACGCUCAGGUAUGGCACGUGCUUUCUUAGAGGACUGUUAUCUGUAAGUUAAAGCUAGGGAGAUGUCGCUAUUAGAACUCCAAACACGUCCUUCUGCUUUCAAACUAACUGCCCCCUCCACUUUGGUAUGGCCUCAAGGUUUCUGUUUUGGUUAGUUUAGAUUAGAGGGGUGACCUUCGAUUAGCCCCUUUGAUAACAUCUGUUUCAAGUAUCUCCUUUCUGGACCACUUUAGCAGAUUUUCAGGUUGAAUCUUGGAAGAACAGAAGGAUAAAAUCCCCAGCUCCCACCAUUUCCUUUUCCACCAGAAAUAUACUAUCAUUCAGGUAGGAUUUUCUUUUAAGGCACAGUAGGCGAGUCCCACUGAUUUCAGUAGAAGUUAUGACUUGCACUUAAAAGCUGACUAUGAAAACAUUAAGACCAAUAUUUAGAACUGCCCUUGCCUGUUGGCAUUCAGUCACAUUCCUUUUAGCUUUGGCCUGAGAUGGCGGCCUCUGUGUGCUUUCUGUCCUGCCUGAUUAUAGGUUGUAUGCAGUAACUACUGUCAUUUUUAAAUAGAAAAGGGGAGACUAUCUACCCAAAGAGAGGAAUUUCCUUGUAACUCACCAAAGAAAUUGUAGGUGAGGACUUUUAUAAUGCAGUAGUGACCUCAGGUGUUAGUUUCACCAAGAGCAGACCUUAUACCUAGAGAACCCACAGGCUUUUCUCUGGCCAUUCUCAACAUAUAAUUUACUUAUGAGAGUCUUAACCCUGCCCUUCCCCGUUUAAUCUCAUGGUCCUUUUCUGAGCUACUUGCAGUUAAUAUCCGGUUAAACAAAGGCAUGGCCAGUGAUACAAGCUACUCCCAGUCUCUGAGCAAGAGGACUGAAAUUCAGCAUUUGUAAAUUGACAGUCUAAUAGACCCGGGAUUUUGAGUGAACGUAACACACAAUGCUGAACAUGUAUUUGCAUGUGGAUUGGGAAGGAAAUAAACGGGACCUUGGAAAUAAUGGGACUAUUUUUCCUAGGAAAGAAAUUUUCAUCAAAAAUUUGUUUCUGGUAUAAUCUUUCUGUUGGUUAGCUUUAAUUUUUUCCACUCCUUUUCUGAUCCCACACUCCUUUACUAACUAAAUGAAUAUAAGCUGACUCUUCAUGCAUCAGGGAUGUCUGUUUAAUAUUAAACAAUAUCUAACUGAAUCUGCAAAUGCGGGAACUGCGAUAAUCACUUCCACGUGCACACUUCUGUGUUCAAGUAGACGAUAAUAACGAGGAGCAUUUACUGCCACGUAAUACAGUCACACUUGGAAUAUAAACUUCUAGAAGCCAGUUAGUGCCAUCAGAGUCUCCUUUGGAAGCUGCCAUCAGUGAAUGCUAUCCCAUAAUACCAGUAGUAAGCAGGUACCAUGUUCACCUGAUUUGGGACCUAUGAGGAAAUCAACAGCAAUUAGAAUCAGUCAGAUGUAGUAGAAGUACUAGCCUAGAAGUAAGAAUACCUGGAUUCUAAUAUAGGCUCUAUUCCUAACUUACUGUGUGACCUUGGGCGAGUCACUUAACCAUGUCAUGGCUGUUUCCUUAUCUAUAAAAUAAGGGUAUUGGACUAGAUCUCCAAGGCUUUCCAAAAGCGCUAACAUUCUAUGGUACUAUCCAUUGCCUUGCUAAUUCAUCCUGCUAAAGUGAUGGCAAACAUCACAUGCUUCAGCCUGGGUCUCUUAGGUUGCAGUUAAACGAUAGAACUAUGUAAGAUGAUGCCAAAAAAAAAAAAAAAAACAAA